AGAGAGAGACAGGAAGGAAGCGAAACCUGCUCCUGGGCUAUUUAGCCCACACGUCUUAUUACUUUGAUACCAAAAAGAAACCGGGCCUAAGCGAUAGAAGCCCACUAAUUUAUAAACUCGGCGGAAAAACCCUAACGUAGGUAUAAGGGUUCCAAUUCUUCGUCUCCGUCUUCCAUCGUUAGCAGAAAGAGAAGCCGCCACUCAAAGCCUAGCUGCAUCCUGCUCGCCGAGCUAACGAACGAAGGCUAUAUCGAUAAUGGCGACUUAUGCUGCAAUUAAGCCUGCGAAGGCUGGGAUUGAGGAGCCUCAAGAGCAAACCCACAAGAUCAGGAUCACUCUGUCCUCCAAGAAUGUGAAGAACCUCGAGAAAGUUUGCGGAGACUUGAUUCGCGGUGCCAAGGACAAGAGGCUGAGGGUGAAGGGACCCGUAAGAAUGCCCACCAAGACCCUUCUUAUUACCACCAGGAAGUCCCCUUGUGGUGAAGGAACCAACACCUUUGACAGAUUUGAGCUCCGUGUUCACAAGCGCAUCAUCGACCUGUUCAGCUCCCCGGAGGUGGUGAAGCAGAUUACCUCCAUCACCAUUGAGCCAGGUGUUGAGGUGGAAGUUACAAUUGCUGAUGCUUAAGAAUGUCCUCUGUUUUGCUGUCUUGGAUCCUUCUUUUUGGCUUCUAAAGUAGUUUAUUGUAGUACGGGUCAGCCCGAGUUUGGAAUGUGUUGGAUGCUUACAUGUUAUCGAACGUAUGUGCCAGUCAAUACUGCCUAGAGGUUGUAUUGUUUUACAUUUCCAGAGAUUCUGUUAAUGCAGAAAGAGAGUUUUGCUUAACAAGUGUUAUGUUGUGUGUGUUGAACGUUAAAUCGGCAUGAGGGCAAUGGAGGUACCUCUUGGAUGCUUUUCGCUGUUGAGACAGCAACAAGUGCUCGAUUGAGUUCUAGUUAGGCCUGUGCAAGCAUGGUUUCUUCGAGUAAUUCGUUAU